UGACAAAAACACCCCAAACCCACGCCUUGUUUGUAUGUUAUCUCGUGGUGUUUAUAACAACUCGAGAGUGUUAGCAACCACUGUUGGUCGCAGUGAUCCUUGCACAGCCCACCGGAGGAGUCGGUUCCCGGCGACGUUUUUGGUGACCGAAGACGCUAGGAGGUUUCGGAGAGUGGUGUUUGAGAGAAGGAUGGCGAGCGGUAGCGGCGAGGAGAAGCAGCAGAAGUUUCCACCGCAGAGGCAGGACAGCCAGCCUGGGAGGGAGCAUGUCAUGGACCCCGUCCCUCAGGCUACUAGCCGAGAUUACAAGCCUGCCAAUAAGCUCCAGGGCAAGGUGGCACUUGUGACUGGUGGCGACUCUGGCAUAGGACGGGCAGUUUGCCACUGCUUUGCACUGGAGGGUGCAACCGUGGCCUUCACUUAUGUGAAAUCCCACGAGGAGAAAGAUGCACAGGAUACCCUCCAAAUGCUAAAAGAAGCAAAGACUGAAGGUGCAAAGGACCCGAUUGCAGUGCCGGCAGACUUGGGGUUCGACGAGAAUUGCAAGAGGGUAGUAGAGGAGGUGGUGAAUGCCUAUGGCAGAAUCGACAUCCUGGUGAACAAUGUGGCUGAGCAGCACAAGGCGGCAUCGAUUGAGGAAAUUGACGAGCAGAGACUUGAGAGGGUAUUCAGGACUAAUGUUUUCUCUUACUUCUUCAUGACCAGGCAUUCUUUGAAGCACAUGAAGGAAGGGAGCUCCGUCAUUAACACUACAUCAGUGGUGGCAUACAAGGGCAACCCCAAGCUGCUGGACUACACUGCCACCAAAGGUGCGACCGUGUCAUUCACCAGAGGACUUGCCCUCCAGUUAGUAGGAAGAGGUAUACGUGUUAAUGGCGUAGCGCCCGGCCCAAUCUGGACCCCGCUUAUCCCUGCCUCGUUUGACGAAGAAGAGACUCAGAAAUUCGGGUCGGAGGUGCCAAUGAAGAGGGCAGGGCAGCCAAUUGAGGUUGCCCCCUGCUACGUCUUCCUCGCUAGCAAUGCAGACUCCUCUUAUAUCACAGGCCAGGUCAUCCACCCAAAUGGGGGUGUAAUUGUCAAUGGUUGAUGAUGUGUCCGCGGGAAAUGUUAGUAGCCUCUUGUUUGUUGUCUGGUUUGUAUUUUGGGGUCUUCGAAAUAGGUGAUGUGAAAGGUUUAGUAGCCGCUUGUUCGUAUUUUGUAUGUCCCCUGUAAUAGGGAAGCAAGCGCGUUGGUUUACUUAAACCAACGGGUAUUCGAAGGCCUACUUUUGA